AUGAGUCAGGAUAUGCCAGGAAACGGUGAAAAGAUGACUGCGUCCGACCAAGAGUCCACGUAUGCGCGUCUUGAGUCGUUGCCGUACGCUGACGGUGAGUUUGAAAACGUUCCUAGAAUCAAAGAAAAAAUUGGGUUCACGCUUGCCAAAGAUCCCAGCAAGAAAGUCACCUUGAUCACCGGCCAUUCUGCAUCUGACUUCCCAAAAGGAUUGCUAGAGUGUGCCUGGGAAGAGUUCAAUUACGUGGUGGAAGAAGGAAGAACAUAUCCCCAUUAUAAACCAGUCGAUUACGAAGGAUUUCUUCAGUACGCUUUUGUCUUUUUCUUUACCGUAUUGGUGGAAGUGGAAUACACCGAAGACAUGUUUGAGCAACCCAAAUCAUUCUGGUCCGAUAAGCUCUUGGGGUUCUUUUACAUUAAACCCAAUUACAUCGGACGGUGUUCUCACGUUUGCAAUGCUGGUUUCGUGGUCAACCAUCAUAAGAGAGGUUUGGGACUAGGGAAAGAGAUGGGCCGGAAAUACUUGACGUUGGCUCCAAGAUUGGGGUUUGUCUAUUCCGUGUUCAAUUUGGUUUUCGAAACAAACACUGCCAGUCUUCGUAUUUGGGAUUCCUUGGGAUUCUCCAGAAUCGGUUACGUCAAAAACGUGGCGGUUUUGAAAGGCGAGUCCAAGUUGACCGGCGCCGUCAUGUUCGUAUUGGUGAAUAUGCCAGAGUUUGAUGACGUGCUACUGCCUCCGCAUUAUAGACCGCAAAUUGAAUAUAGCUCGAUAUCGGUUAUUGAUCGAUAUACGGUUCUUUUGAAAGAUGGAGAAACAACUGCUACCAUAUAUCCAAUACACAAUCCUAAUGAACUACCACCGGGACUUCUAGCAUUCUUGUGUGAUGAGUUUAACAUGGAGAUUGAACGAGGCGAAACAUACCCGUUUUUCGAUACUCUACAUAUAGAAGCUUUUCAAAAUUAUUGGUUUGGAAGCUUUGCUGCAGUAAUGGUAUUGGGAGAUGCGGUAACUUUAUCGGGUUCCAGGCAGUGGGAAAAAGAAUGUUUGGGUACUUUUUAUGUUAAGCCAAAUUAUCCUGGUCGUUGUUCUCAUAUUUGUACUGCAGGGUUUUUGGUUAAUGCUGGUAUUAGAGGUAAAGGUAUUGGUCGUACUUUGACUGAUUGUUAUCUUCAAUGGUGUCCAAGAUUGGGUUAUACUUAUAGUGUCUUCAAUUUGGUAUUUGAAAGUAACGUUCCUGCAAGAAGAAUAUGGGAAUCUCUUAAUUUCAAGCGUAUUGGUAGAGUUAAAUCAGCAGGGAUUUUGAAAGGUCAUGAAACUGCAGUUGAUGCUUUGGUUUAUGGGAGAGAAUUGAUCAACACCAGUGAUCCUUCAGUUGGCGCUUAUAGAUUUGAUAAAAUCAAGUUUUACUUGGAAACUGGUAAAUAUCCAGCAAUGGCUGAUAGAGCAGAAAAAUCAAGACUUAGAUCUUCGGCUUCUCAUUAUAGAUUGAUAGAUGGUAAAUUACUAUUAAAGGGUAAAGAGGUCAUUUCAGAUCCUGUUCGUCAAUUACAAAUUUGUAAUGAAGUUCAUAUGACAAAUCAUGGUGGGAUAAAUAAAACUACCGCUGUCAUUACAGAAAAAUAUCAUUGGACAAGGAUAAAAGAUACCGUUGCUGCUGUGAUUAAAAGCUGUCCUGAAUGUAGAGAAUCUUCUAAGGAAUCCCCUCCUGUUUCUAAAAUGCGUACUGCUCCAAAGAAAAUGGUUACUGGCAAUUUACGUGAUGGCUCUAAUCGUCGUCCUCACCAGCCAAAUCGUGGUUACAGGUCUAGAAAUAAUAAUGAAGACGUCGAAGCAAUGGUGGCCCUCCAUAACUUACCAAACCACCGUGAUGAAUCUCUUUUAAGUACUCAUGACUUAUCUGGCUUGGAUGAUGGUCUAAUUGCAGUAGUUGAAGCUGCUCAAAAACAACAACAGCAACAACAACAACAUCAACAUCAGCAUCAACAUCAGCAACAACAACAACAGAAAGAUCAUAAUCAACAACAACAGGAAGUUCAUGAUACAGACCACCACCUGCAUCUGCACCAUCAAUCACAGCCCUCUCGUCAUCAUUCUAAUCAUGAGAAUGCGCCAUCUUAUGCCGCUGUUGCAGCCGCAGCUGUCUCUGGUGAUGGUGAAAAUCAAUAUCAAUAUAGUGAGUAUGACGAAGCUCCUGGAAAUAAUGAUUAUAAUCAUCGUGAUGAGGAGCCCGAACAUGAGAAACAUAGAGGUGAUAUACCUGUUGCUGAAUUCGAUCAUCAUGUUGGUGCCGGUGGAGAAGAGAUUGAAAUUGCUAGAGCAUUAAUGCAAUCGAAUCAAGAAGAUGGUGAUCUCGAUGAAGAACAUCGUGACCACGACGGCAUGAAAGACGAACCUAGAUCCCCGGGGGAUGAAAACAUUUAUUUUAAAAAUCAAUAA